CCCAAAAAACUUGCCUAGCCCUAAUUAAAUUAAACCCCUCGCCAAACAGCCCCCCAUUUUUUUCUGGAAAGCAUCAAAAUUCGUUAAUCAUAGCGUUUCAGAUCCGGAGUCCGUCGAUGAAGCGACCAGUUAUCGCCGGCGAGGAGGAGCAAAUAAUCAAGAAGAAGACCAGGGCUGAAGAAGAUUGUGGAGCAGGAGAGGCGGUUUUAUCGGAUGACAAUCUGUUAUACGAGGUGUUGAAACACGUGGACGCGCGGACGUUAGCGGCGGCGGCUUGCGUCAGCCAGCAGUGGAGCAGGGCUGCUCAAGACGAGCGGCUUUGGGAGCUGAUCUGCACCGAACAUUACGCCAAAAAUCCGCUUCAGCUCCGGUCGGUGGUACUCGCCCUAGGCGGCUUCCGGCGGCUUUACUCGCUCUACCUCUGGCCGCUUCUGAAGCCAUCGUCAUCUUCGUCGUCUUCUCGACCAGUGUCUUCCGCAUGGCCGUGCCUUCCCCCAGCUCCGCCGGUUCCGGCCAAGUCUUCCGGCACCGGUGUGAAAACACGGUGGGGAAAAGACGAGGUUAACCUCUCGCUAUCGCUGCUUUCGAUUCGGUAUUAUGAAAAGAUGAAUUUCAAUAACCGAGGGAAAUGAAAUUCCUUGAAGCAUUCUAAAUUUGGAAUUAACUUUCCACUUUGCAUUUUUUUUUUUUUUUGUUUUUGGGUACUCUAAUAAUCUAGUGUUUGAUUUUCAAUUAAUUUGUAUUUCUACGGGUAAUAUGUAUCGGAUUGUAAGCUAGAUUUGUUUCGCAUUGUUGUAUUUUUAGUUCCUUUUCUGAUUAUUUCAACCUUGGUGUAAUUAAACUACUAAUGAUCUUAUUUCAGAGAUCUUGUACUGUGUAAUGCUACUACUAACUAUUCUCCGGAAGCUGGCGGAGAAGGAUUCAACA